UCUUCAGAUCCUUUUGGAGGUGAGGCAAUAUUACUCGUGUUUUCGGCAUGAGGUGGAUCGUUUCUUUCUCCAUCAAAAAAAUACUAGGUCAAUAAAUGACGGCAGCACACCGUAGCUAUACGUGUCUCUUUUUCCAGAUAGGAUGGUUCACCCGUCGCUCUCUGGCGUGGCUCCCAAUAGGAGAUUUGUACGGUAGAAAAUGGGAGGCGUGCUUAUGCCCGUGGGUACGCACAUGGGUGCAUAUUAAAGAGGUAAGGGAAGAGGUGUGAAGAGUAGCGGUUGCUAGUGUUGAAACCGUUAAGUGUGUAUUGGAGGUACAACGAAUGAUUGCGCACGCUGCACUAGAUUCGAACGCUUCUGUUUGAAGAAUAAGCUACUAAUCACGGAAUAUCAACGUUUCAACCAAGAAUUGCACGUGGGACACGUUCAAGGUCUUCCGCUUAAAGUAAUGGACUACACAUACGAUGACGAUUUGGAAGAGCUGUGUCCAGUUUGUGGGGAUAAAGUUUCUGGGUACCACUAUGGACUACUGACCUGUGAGAGUUGUAAGGGAUUUUUCAAGAGAACCGUUCAGAAUAAUAAGAGAUACACAUGCGCAGAAAACCAGGACUGUAAAAUUGACAAAACUCAAAGGAAAAGAUGUCCCUUUUGUCGAUUUCAGAAAUGUCUCAGUGUUGGAAUGAGACUAGAAGCGGUCCGCGCUGACCGCAUGAGAGGGGGCAGGAAUAAGUUUGGCCCCAUGUACAAGCGCGAUCGAGCGCUGAAGCAGCAGAAGAAGGCUUUGAUACGGGCCAACGGCUUCAAGCUGGAGGCCACCCCUCCGCUGGUGUCCCCACCUCAGACUGACUAUGGUUUCACGGGCGGCCUCCAGGGGCUCCACCCCGGCUCAAAGGGCAUUCUGCCGUCCACCCCUGCCUCCAUCACCCCCACAGACUACGAGCGCAGCCCCUACGGACCCCCGUCGCUCGGCUUGACCGUGCAGAGCCACGGCCCCCUGGCCGGCCAGUACCAGUACGCCCCUUUCCCCAGCCGGGCCAUCAAGUCCGAGUACCCCGACCACUACACAAGCUCGCCCGAGUCUCUGGCGGGGUACCCGUACCCGGACGCCUACCUGCAGGGGUCCCCGCAGCCCCCCAGUGUGCCUCAGCUGGUGCUGGAGUUCCUUCGAUGCGACCCGGACGAGCUGCAGGUGCAGAACAAGAUCCUGGCGUACCUGCAGCAGGAGCAGAGCAGCCGUGCCAAGCACGAGAAACUCAACACUUUUGGCCUCAUGUGCCGCAUGGCCGACCAGACGCUCUUCUCCAUCGUGGAGUGGGCCCGGAGCUGCAUCUUCUUCAAAGAGCUCAAGGUGGGAGACCAGAUGAAGCUCCUGCAUAACUGCUGGAGUGAGCUGCUUGUGCUGGAUCACAUCUUCAGACAGGUGCAGCACGGCAAAGACGGCAGUCUGCUCCUGGUCACCGGGCAGGAAAUCGAGAUAGCGUCCAUCACAGCCCAAGCUGGAGCCACUCUGAGCAACCUGGUCCUGAGAGGGCAAGAGCUGGUAGGGAAGCUGCAGUCCCUGCAGGUGGACAGAAGGGAGAUUGCCUGCUUCAAAUUCCUCAUCCUUUUUAACCCAGACGUGAAGCUGCUGGAGAACCAGCAGUUUGUGGAGAGCGUGCAGGAGCAGGUGAACGCCGCCCUGCUGGAGUACACGCUGUGCAGCUACCCGCAGUUCCUGGACAAGUUCGGCCAGCUGCUGCUUCGGCUGCCCGAGCUGCGCAGCCUGAGCUCGCAGGCGGAGGAUUACCUGUGCUACAAGCACCUGAGCGGGGAGGUGCCCUGCAACAACCUCCUCAUCGAGAUGCUGCACGCCAAGAGGGCCUGCGGGUGAGCGCCGGGGAUCCGCCCCCCUCAGCACCGCCCACCCCUCCACACCCCUCCACACCCCGCAACCCCCCACCCCACCCGAGAGAGAACCACGUACUGAGCCAGGGAGGGACGUGCAGAUAGAGGCUCUGACACCUUUAUUUACUCCUCUGUAGUUUCAUGUUUUUCUUUGUUUGUUUUCUUUUAUUAAUAAAUGUAUAAAGUAUUGACAUGUACAAAGUAAACUAAUAUCAUAUGCUCCAGAUACAUUUAUCCCUUUUUAAAACUCGAACAGAGUAUAGGUCAGUUUCUCUCUCUCUUCACUCUGGAUAUCAUUUCUGCUUCUAUGGACUAUUCAAAUUUCAGUUUCCCUUCUGAGUACAUUCAAUUCCCAAGUUCUGAAUUGGGAUUGAAACUUUGGCCUUUGGAAAUUUUUGCACUUGACCCCAGCUCUGAUGUGACAUGUAUUUCAACCAGUUGUCAUUUUUAAUGCAGUGUUUCAAAAUGAGUGCGUUGUGUCACGUUUGACUGUUAACAGUUGAGUCAGACUCACAUGUUAUUCGUACUGUAUGUUAUUUGUGUGAGAUUUGUGAAGUCUUAUCCAAUCUAUUUCACUUUCGGGACUUUAUAACAGAAACCUAACCCAAAUUGUUUUCAGAGAAACAGAGAUGUUUAAAUGUUUUCAUUUAAUCCUUUGUAUAAAUGAAUUCAGUCUUACUUUUCCAACCUUCAUACUUUUUACAAAAACUUUGCCUCUGAAUCACAGAGUAAUCUUUAUCAAGCAAGAGACAAAUCUAGACAUCAAAAUUUAUAUAACUACAAAUAAUUGAGAUAAAGUUUGAGCUCAGAUAAUCAAAUCAAAUCCAGCUCAGUUCCUAGAAAGUAAAAAUUACAAAAAAAAAAAACAACAAAAAAACACUGAAGAUUUCCUUAGUGUAUUUUAGGAAGAUGUGUAAUUAACAAUGACAGGUCAUAGAUUGUACUUUUGUUCAAAUGUUGUAUUUAUAGGAAAUAAAAGAAAAUUAGAUGUGAGCUCCAUUUUGAAAAGGUACGGAUCAAGUAUCCAAGCAAUGUUGGAUAUUUUUUCAUACCUUGUUGAUGUAUACAUUUUUGAAAUGUAAGUCUAAACGGUAAGCUAAAGAGAAAAGUCAAAGACUAUGCAAAGUUGCAGUUUGUCACAAAGCCUCACCAUUGCAUUCUUAAGUUAACCAUAGCCCUUCUGAUGGUGUACAUAAGUCAUUCUGUUUAGCAUUGAACAGAUAGCGAAUAAGAAUGACAAACUUUUGACCGAAAAUGCAUUUUUAAUUUAAUUGAAAAUGAAUCAUCCUCUCUGAAUGGGCAUUCAAAGCUAGCAUCUGAAAAACCCCUCAGAUUUCAGUUCUAAAAUAUCAUGGUGAUAAAGGGCAGUUUCCUUCUCACUAUUCCCAGCAAGGCUCUGUCCAGUCAUGGAAGUGUACGGCAAAUUAUACCUUUAACUUUGCGAUCGUUUCUGUUAAUCAAAGUCAAAAAGAACCAGGAAAAUUUCUCAAAUUUCUCUUCAUGGAAAAUAGAAAUGACUGUGAUCCUGAUCAGCUGGUUACAGUAUGUGCAAUCCACCUCACAUUUUCACAGGAAUAACAGGAUACCACCGUGGGGAUGUCAGUGGUGAAGGAGAGGGUAAAGGCAGGAGUUCAGAGAUAGUGAGAAUGAAAGAGAAAGAGAGAAUAAGAGAGAGAGGGGGAGAGAGAGAGAUAGAGCAGCUUUUCUUAGGCAUUCAGAGCUUGGAUAUGUGGGGGAGAGAAGCAGGAAGCCAUCUUUGGCAGCAACAUUUCUCCGGCCAGACGGAGAGUGUAGGAGAGGCUUGAGCACAGAGAGACAUCGCAGACCCACGGCAACCCUGAUCCCCGCCCAUGCGUGGACAGGAAAAGAAGAAGAAAAACACAAGUCAGCCAUUUAACUUUGAAUAGGUCUCAUUUACUGUAUAGGAGUAUGGAUCCUGGUCUGUCACCAAGGAUCAGGGAAAGGUUGAGGAAUUGAGUGCUCAUGCUUAGAUCCUUUUAUAGCCAGGCAACAAAUGAGAAGAAAAAGCCAUGUGUUGCACAUAUAAUUUGGUCACAUUAAUCGCGCAUUUUCAAUGGUGUACUUGUAGCUAGGGAGAAAGGGGAUUUUGUAAUAAAUAUUUGACAAUCAGA